GCAUAAAAGACAUUCCCGGUGUUAGAAUCGGAGACCAGCGCAGCAGGGACCUACCUGCAGUGGCUUCUAACACUUUAAAAACCCAGGAGUCGAGAUUCUGUUGAUUUGAGUUUUCACGGAAGCCCAGCAGAAGACACAAAGCAUCACCGGCAAUGUCGCUGCUAAUUUUGGCCGUUUUGCUGCUGACUGCCACAUUAUGUGACGGACAACAACAAAGACAACAACAGAGGUCGCCAACACCUCUUCCGCUUCUUCAUAAUGAUAGUCGCUACGGAGAUGACGAGCCACAAGAUGUACAAAACACAGUUCCAGUUGUCCAGACUCAGCUAGGGGCAAUUAGUGGACGAGUACAGACUGCGAUGAACGGGAAACAAUACGAAGCUUUCCGAGGCAUUCCGUACGCCAGGCCACCUGUAGGAGCCCUGCGCUUCUCGAAGCCCCAGCCUCAUCCUGCUUUUGACCAGGGACACUUUGAUGCUGGAGAAUUUGGAAAGAUGUGCUGGCAACAACACUCGGAACAAGGUACUGGGGAUGUGUCCGCAAUGAGCGAGGAUUGUCUUUUCCUGAACGUCUUCAGACCUGUGGCAACGACUGACUCUUCCCGAAGAGAUGUGCGUCCUGUAUACGUUUAUAUACACGGUGGAGGGUUUGUAGGCGGCAGCUCGUCAUUUUUUGUCCCCGGUCAACUUGUAACGGAUGGAAAUAUCAUCGCCGUUACUUUGAACUACCGUGUGGGCGCUUUAGGAUUCCUCAGCACAGGAGAUUCAAGACUUCCGGGCAACUACGCGCUGUGGGACCAGCAGCUAGCCAUCAGGUGGGUCAAAGACAACAUCCAGGCGUUUGGAGGAGACCCUAAUCAGAUAACGAUCGGAGGAGAAUCAGCAGGCUCCAUAAGUGUUGCUUUCCAAAGCUUGUCGCCUCUCUCUAAAGGACUUUUUAACAGAGCGAUCAUGCAGAGUGGAGCCGCCACAGCGGGGACAACCAUCCAGAGAGAACCUCUACAGCAGUUGCUCAACUUGGCUCGUGAAGUCAGAUGUCCACUUCCUGGCUCAUCGCUACCUUCCGGCGGUGUUUCAUCGGACCAGGACCUGUUGACCUGUUUGAGGAACGUGUCCCCAGCGGAAAUUAUGACUGUAAGGAUCUUGGGAAAAUCAUUAAUCAGAGCAGCAAUAGAGAUUGUAUUUGCGGCAGUAGUAGAUGGAGAAAUAAUUCCAAAAGCACCUGCCGCCAUGCUCAAAGAUAAGGAAUAUCUCACACAGGUCGGAUUCUACGAUCGAGACUACCUUACUGGAACUGUCAACAAUGAAGGAGGACUUUUCUUCUCAAUCGCACAAUCGCUUACGAACAAUGUGUUUUUGCUCGUCAACCCUGACAUCUACGACGUGGACUUCGUUCCAUUUUUGACAGAAGAGUGGCUGGGAAGACGUUCAGUCUCUGCAGAAGAAGUUGUCAAGUUUUUCUACACAUAUCCGAGAUAUUCAGGCGUUACUCAGCUGGACUUUAAGCAUGUACUCGACACUGUCGGAGAUUCGAUUUUCUACGUCCCGGGCAAGGAAUUUACUCGCGCCAUAGCCGGAGGUCAAAGGUCAGGCCGCAGAAAUCUCGCCUACUUCUUCGACCACUACCCUGCCUUCGCAGGAGGACAAGUUGGCACCAUGCAUGGAACGGACUUACUUUACGAGUUCGACAUGGGUCGUCAAAAUGGCUGGAAUGCUGACGAUGACCACCUGCGUAAGGUGUUCUUAGGAAUGAUCGCGGGCUUCGUCGAGACAGGAAAUCCAGCGACUGCCCUCCAGUCGUACCUACCAGGUGGAUGGAGAGACUUUGACCUCCGUGACGAGAGUUACCUGUCUUUAAAGCCUCACGCCUUGACGAUACAGCAACAUCUUCGAGGACGAGAAGCCUCACUGUGGAUUGACCUACUGCCUAGAUUGCUGGACUCGGAUUUGUCUCAGAGAAACCACACAUCGACGCACGUACCAACCCUGUCCGAGUUAAUCGGGUAGCGUGAGUGUCGUUGGGUAGCCUCACUACAGAUGGUCUUUCCAACACUGAGCGUGGCUAAGCGGUACCUUUAAGGAUGAUGAAGAAAAUCUUUAUUACAAGAA